GCUGAUGGUAACUUGAGGUGAUGGCUGUCUACAAGGCCGUCUGUGUGGCAGUUCUGCUGACUCUGCUGACUAAAGUGUCUGAGUCACAGCUAUCUGUCUGUGGACGGGCAACACGGAACUCCAGGAUUGUUGGAGGACAGACGGCCGUAGCAGGCAGCUGGCCCUGGCAGGUCAGUCUGCACACCUCGGCUCACUUCUGUGGAGGAUCUCUGAUCACCAACGAGUGGGUGCUGACUGCCGCUCACUGCAUGACUAGUUUUACCAGCAGCACAGCCAAUCUGAGGGUGUAUUUGGGUCGUCAAAGUCAGCAGGGUUUCAACCCAGAUGAAGUCUUCCGGACAGUAGCGCAGGUUAUCAUUCAUAAAGAUUUCAAAGUCUCGACUCUGGACAACGACAUUGCCCUGGUGAAGCUCUCCUCAGCCGUAACGUUCACCUCAUACAUCUCACCUGUCUGCCUGGCGGCCUCAGACAGCAUCUUCUACAGCGGCGUCAACUCCUGGGUUACCGGCUGGGGCAACACUGGCUUCAGCGUGGCUCUUCCUUCUCCCCAAAACCUGACGGAGGUGGAGGUGCCAGUUGUGGGAAACAGACAGUGUAAAUGUAGCUAUGGACCGAACACCAUCACAGACAACAUGAUCUGUGCCGGGCUCACUCAGGGAGGAAAGGACUCCUGCCAGGGAGACUCUGGAGGUCCAAUGGUGAGCAACCAGAACAACCGCUGGAUUCAGGCAGGAAUUGUUAGUUUUGGAAAACAAUGUGCUUUGCCAAAUUUCCCUGGAGUCUAUUCUAGAGUGUCCCAGUAUCAGGCCUGGAUCAACAGCCAGAUAACCACAAACCCUCCAGGCUUCGUUACUUACACGUCCACCGGAAAUGACAGGGACCUCAGCAUCUCCUGUCCAGGCGUACCCCCAAUUAUGUCAGCAACCGCCUCCACUACUACUACUACAACUACAACCAGUAUUACUAAACCAACAACAAACCUUUCAAGUAUCUCAGCACCAUCCCGUACAACAACCACCUCAACAACCACAACCAUCCUUCCACAAAACACUGCCCCCAGGCCUGUAGUCUGCGGCCAGGCUCCGCUAAAUACUCGUAUAGUGGGUGGAGGUUUGUCAGUGACAGUAGGUGAGUGGCCGUGGAUGGCAAGCUUGCUGCUGAAAGGAAAGCAUGUCUGUGGAGGGACGCUGGUUUCAGAGGAUGCUGUUCUGACCAAUGCUAACUGCUUCUCAGGUUCCCUCAAUGUGUCGGAGUAUGUCGUUGUGUUGGGUCGUUUGAAGCAGAAUGGAGCGAACACUUUUGAGGUUUUUUUUAAUGUGGUGAACAUCACUCUGAGCAACUUAACAGGUUCCAACAUUGCGUUGCUUCAGCUAUCAACCAAGCCCAUCCUGAACAAUUACAUCCAGCCCAUCUGCCUGGGCAAUGGAAGAAACUUCUCAGUGGGAUCUACGUGCUGGGCUACAGGUUGGAGUUUUGGGAAUGGAGGUGAGCAAGAUCUUCUGGAAUUCAAGACCACAGUUUCCGAUUGUGGGAAUGCCUCAGUAACCAACAGCAUGUGUACCAGUCAGUUUGCACUGGAACAGGGUGACUCUGGCGGCCCGCUCAUGUGUGAGCAGGAUGGAUCUUGGUUCCAGGUGGUCGUGCUAUCAUAUGUUGACAUCUCUACCAGACAAAACAAAGAAACCACUGUGAUGGUCUUUGAAAAUCUGAAUCGCUUUCAGGACUUCCUGAUUCAGUCACUGGGGACCUUUCUGACUCCAACCAUAGAAGACAACACCAUCAAUAACAGCACCGUCAACACGACUGCAGCAACAUCCAUCAUGACAACCAGUGGAGGAAGUCAACAUUACUUCUCCUGGUUCCUCUGCUGGCAUCUGUUUGUCCUUGCUUUUUGUCUCCUACUGUUUCCAUAGAAACGUCCAGCUUUACCUUCUUUACAUGAUGUGACGCACAAAUGAGUGUAAACAAUUGUUUAGUUGGACACUAUGGGGGGAAAACCCAGUCAGAGCUUUUAUAGUGGGAAUCUACCUGAUUUUGAAUCUCACUCUAAGAGUUCUGAUGAGCCUUUAAACCCCGCUGAAGCCCAUUGUUGAAGAAACCUUCUGGUGUCUGUCCUCAGUGGGACAUUGUUUUAGUUUAUUUCUGAAGGAAUGUGGUUCCAGACCCUGCAAACUGGACCUCUGAAGCUGUUUAAACAUGUUGACAGAUAUUAGUAGGACUGCAGGAUAUUAUCAAGUCUAAGUCUGUGUAAAGGUUACAUUGAGUCAGAAAUGCCAAUGAUGAACCUGUUUAUCUUGUACCUACCUCACUUCAGCAGAGUCCUCCAACACUGCAGUGAACAUUUUAACCACUAAUGCACUUAAUGUUUACAAUUAAUAUUUGCACUGAAAUUAAACUGCACUGCAUUUGCUCUAAUAAAA